AUUAUAUAGAUAUGAUAAUAACGGAAACGCUGACCAAAGCCUUAAUUGACGCCGAGUUGUCUUUCAUGAGAGAGACAAUGAAUACAUAUUUGCUGAUUAACCAAGAUCCUUUGAUUAAGAAACAGUUGAGACUAUAUGAUCCGCUCGUCAAAUUCAUGGACCCACCCGUCUAUGGCUCUAUUGAUCCCAAUUUUCGAGAUUUUAUGGCACCGGGAAUCAUAAUAUCUGUCAUUUACUUCAUGGCCGUGGGUCUGACGGCACUGACACUAGUGGUGGAGCGAAAGGAGGGCCUAAUGGAGAGGUCGCUGGUGGCCGGGCUUAAGAUGCACGAGAUUCUCGCCUCACAAGUCUUACUACAGUUCUUUAUAGUGGUAUUACAGGCAACACUACUCAUGAUAUUCACGUUUUUGGUGUUUCAAGUGCCCAACCAGGGUAAUAUUGUCUACAUUAUACUCAUUGUUUUGCUACAAGGACUGGGCGGCAUGUGUUUCGGUCUGGUCAUAUCAUCCGUGUGUAAGGAGGAGAACUCGGCUAUAAUGGCUUCGUUGGGAUCUUUUUAUUCAUAUUUCUUGAUAUCGGGCGUCAUUUGGCCGCUCGAAGGGAUGCCCCCGUGGCUCAAGACUAUCAGCUAUUUUAUGCCACAAACCCUGUCUAUAAUAUCUCUCCGUAAUGUCAUGUUAAAGGGCUGGACUAUAGUCUACGAAAGCGUUUAUUUAGGCUUAAUCAAACCAAGAGCUGGCAAAAUCAGAAUUAAUGGCAAACGCGUGGGACAUCCUGUCAAUAAGAUACCGGGUAUUGGCGUUGGUUUUAUGCCACAAGUCCACAAUCCACCAUUUCUUAUAUUAGAUGAGCCAACCGUCGGAACUGAUCCACUGCUCAAAGAGAAAAUUUGGGAGCAUUUGGUGGUGUUAUCUGAGAUGGAGGGCACGACUAUUAUAAUAACCACCCAUUAUAUAGAAGAGGCCCGAAGAGCUCAUAUCGUGGCACUCAUGAGAAAGGGUAGACUAUUGGUCGAGCAUUCGCCACAAUUCCUGUUAAACUAUUUUUGUGUUCAAAAUCUCGAAGAAGUGUUUCUGCGAAUGUGUGGCAAAAAAGUGGCCGAAGAUAUGCCCGAAAAUUAUUAUGAGUCCCGAAGAAUGGAUUUCAAUGAAAAUGUAUUUUUUAGUAAUAAAGUACUAAUGGAUGACGAGAUAAGAGACCAAAAGAUGAUAAGUUCAGUCACUUCUAUGGAUAGGGUGUUAACGCAAACACAUAAGAAUGCCAUUAGAGUGAUGAGAAACAUACCGUAA